GCACCGCUGCUGUCAGUUUCACCCGAGCACUGUGCUGCUGUACUGGCGAAGAGCACACUGACAGACGGGCUGGCUUGCUCACUUUCAGUGCUUCAAACAUGGACCAAGACAACAAUUCAGAGGAUGAGUCAGUCGGCCCAUCAGAAGAGGAUUUGCCAUGCCUGCCUCCAGGGCUCUCUGACGGUGAGGCAAUGGAGCUGCUUUGGCAGUUGCGAGCUCAGCGCCGCCAGUCGUCUCCUGAGCUCCCAGAGACGGUGACCCGUCUUACUGCCCCUGAUGGCAGCCUCCUAUACCUGGUGGGCACUGCGCACUUCAGUGACAGCAGCAAAAAGGACGUGGCCACGACAAUCCGCGCCGUGCAGCCAGACGUGGUGGUGGUGGAGCUAUGCCAGUACAGAGUGUCUAUGUUGAAGAUGGAUGAGAAUACAUUGCUGCGGGAAGCCAAAGACAUCAACCUGGAUAAGGUUCAGCAGGCCAUCAAACAGAAUGGGCUCAUGUCUGGUCUGAUGCAGAUUCUCCUGCUCAAAGUUUCAGCUCACAUCACAGAGCAACUGGGCAUGGCUCCUGGAGGAGAGUUUAGGGAGGCCUUCAAGGAGGCUGGGCGGGUGCCGUUCUGCAAAUUUCACCUCGGGGACAGGCCAAUCCCUGUGACGUUCAAGAGGGCUAUUGCCGCCCUCAGUCUGUGGCAAAAGGCCCGCCUGGCCUGGGGUCUUUGUUUUCUGUCAGACCCAAUCAGUAAAGAGGAUGUAGAGAAGUGCAAGCAGAAGGACCUGCUGGAGCAGACCAUGUCAGAGAUGAUUGGAGAAUUUCCUGCCCUCCACCAGACCAUCGUGGCUGAAAGAGACAUCUACCUCACGCACACGCUCCGCCAGGCUACACGCUGUGUGGAGGCCCCCCCUAAUGCUCAGAAAGUGCCUGCUGUAGUGGUGGGCGUUGUAGGGAUGGGUCAUGUUCCUGGCAUAGAAAGAAACUGGGAGAAGCAGCUUAACAUUAAUGAAAUCAUGAGUGUUGCACCUCCGUCACGUUUCGGCUGGGUGUUGCGCACAGUCAUAAAGGGCGUCAUGAUGGGAAUGCUGGGAUAUGCCUGCUACCGCGCUGGAGGGAGUUUAGGUAGAGCCCUACUGUCUUUACCUGCUGUCCAAUCAGUACUGGAGACUCUUCGGCCACCCCCUGCUUGA